AAUAAUUUUCAUUCGAUGGUAAAAGUUCAGAAGUUCGUGACAUUUGUUAUUCUGAAGGUAAUCUUGCAGUACUAAAAAUUAAAACUAUUGUCUAUAUUUUUACUUAAAGUUUGUAAUUCAUUUUAUAAAACGACGCAAAUUUUUUUGUGACAUUAAGAAAAAUGGUAAAUUUUGGCGCUAUCGACGUUAUCAAUGGAUUUGUUGGCGGACUUCUGCUUGGUAUCAGUUCAACCUUGAAUCUUCUACUUUUUGGAGCCCUCACUGGAGUGAGUGGGUUCGUUUCGACUUCUUUGACCCUUCGGCUCAGAUCUGGUCUUAUCUGGAAGUUGACCUUCCUUAUCGGAAUGAUGUCUGCUUUUCUCAUAUUUGCUCUUGUAUUUAACACGAGAGAACUUGAAGUGGCUUCCCGGACUGUGGAGUUGUAUGAUCCCGAUUGGUCGUCCCCGAAUGCGUUUCGACUUCUGAUUGGUGGGUUUCUAGUCGGCUUCGGGACCCGAUUAGGCAAUGGGUGCACGAGUGGACAUGGCAUCUCGGGUCUUCCACGACUUUCACUUCGCUCUUUUGUGGCUGUCGGCUGUUUUUUCGGAAUGGCUCUCGUGACAGCGAAUAUUCUUCAUCACACUGACUUUUUUGAGUUACAGCGACUAGAAGAAGCCCGCGAAUCAUUCGAACGAGAAACAACCUCACUUGUAGUGGGGGUCACUCUAGCUAUAAUUAUCGCAAUCAUGAUUGCCGCGUGGAUCAUCAGCUUCGUAGUUGAAGGAGCUGAACACCUUGCACGUGAACUUAUACAUAACGUCAUCAAAUUCUCUCUCGGUUUUGUAUUCGGAAUGGGUUUAUCUCUUUCGGGAAUGUCGCGACCCUCGAAAGUGCGGAACUUUCUCGUCUUUGACAAAAACUGGGACAUUACGCUAAUGAUGGUUCUUAUAGGCGCCAUUGGGUUCAACCUGAUAUCUUUUCAAUUGAUUCUCAGAAAGAAAAAGGAAAAACCAAUUUUGGCCGAUGAAUACCACUUGCCAUGUAAUAAUACGAAAUUGGACUGGAAACUAUUUGCGGGUACUAUUAUUUUUGGAAUUGGCUGGGGAACUUGUUUCUUCUGCCCUGGACCUGCCCUCCUGGCGGCCCUGACCACAAGUGCAGGAGCAUUCUGCAUGAUCUUCACUGUUAUCGGAAUGUACGCGUUCGAACUAUUUAAUUUUGUACUUGAGAAGGUGAAUAAAAAAAAUAAAGAGGAAAAAUAAACGAAAUGUCGAGUCAAAAUGGCAAACAGUUGAUUUGUAGAAAUAGAAUUUUGUUCGUAAAUUUAAAUUUAUUUUGAAGUUAAGAUCUGUUUCAGAUGUUUUCAGAUCUGCAAUAACCAUGAAAAACAAUAGAUCUGAAAUAACCCAUUCUUGAAAAACCCAAUCGUUAAUUUAACUUUUUAUAACCCAUUUAAGAUCGAAACUUUAGAUUGUUUAUUCUAU